UCCAUACUUGCAUUUUUUCCCCCUCUCUCAUAAUUAUUUCUUCCUCUUUUUAUUUUUGGAUAAAAUUAUCUGUCUUCCCUGUAGACCUUAUUUUAAAACUUGAUAUGCAGGAUUACAUUACAUUAGGCAACGAAGUUAGUUCAAUAUCCAUCAUGAUCAGAUUUCUCUAAUCUUCUGAAUGGUGGGUCAUUUGUUUUAUAUCAAUUUUUUUACUAUUAAUUUCUCUUUCUACUUUUUAAAUUGUCAUUCAUCAUUAUCUAUCUAGAUAGUUAUUCAUCUAGCUUGUUUGCAAGAAAACUUUUUUUUCCCUGUGGGUCGGUUUUAAUUGGGUUUUACAGAUAUAUAUCAUCUUAAUUUUUCAUUCUUUUGAAAGUUUAUAUACUUUUGCACGAUGCAACAAAACAAGGUAUAUCCGAGAUGAUUUCUUCUUUAAUUACUUUUUUGGAUAAAUGUUUGAUGAGUCUUUUUCCACUUUCUUGAGGGAUGUGAUCAGAUAAUAACUCCAAUAGGUCAGUUCAUGUGUGUGGGCAAAACUCGUUUUGAUAGAAGGCACAAGAACUUCAAAGUGAAAGUUAUAUCCUUUAGGGAAAUUUGGCUUUCCAGAUUGGUUCACCUUAUCUAGAUCACAUAUGCAACUGUUUGAGCCCUAUGGCAUUCAGUUCUAUGCGUCCCUCAAAGUUUCAACUUUUUUUUUGUUUAUUACGUAGAUGUCCAAAACUCUUCGAGCAAUCUAUUUCAUUAGUAGUAGUGCUCCAUUCCACACGCACCAAAUAAUUAAUCCCCCAACGUAAGGCAUUAUUGACUUCACUAGAUCUUGGAAAAGACUAGACCAACCUCAAUUCAUAGUUUCAACAUUCUCUAGUUAAUGAGGCAGCCGCUGCCAUAGUGUUAGUAGGUAGCAUUGUAAUUCUCUUCUCAAAUAAUGCUGGUUUAGUGGUUUUCCCUUUUAUCCUUUUGGUUUUCAUUAGUGGCCAUACCCCACUUUUGCCUCCGUAGCUGGGGGUCUCCAUCCAUAAAUACGCUUCUUGGGGGCGUGUGUUCUCCACACCUCUCCAUUUCCUCCUCCUCAGCAGCUAAUUUAACUACUUCCCAACCUUUUUUUUUUCAUGGCAUCCAACGUCCAAACAUCCCUGAAUGGUGCUAAAUUCACCAUUCCCACCACUCAUGACCUGGAGCAAUCAACAUUGGAGACAGAAGCCAAGGAAUUUGAUUACUCAAAAAGAUCCCAGUGGUUACGUGCAGCUGUGUUAGGAGCCAACGAUGGGCUGGUCUCAACAGCUUCAUUGAUGAUGGGUGUUGGAGCAGUUAAACAAGACAUUAAGGCCAUGAUACUUACUGGGUUUGCAGGCCUUGUUGCUGGGGCUUGUAGCAUGGCCAUAGGAGAGUUUGUGUCUGUGUACUCACAGUUGGAUAUAGAGGUGGCCCAGAUGAAAAGAGAGAAGCAAAAGGGUGAGCUAGGUGGAGAAAGAUCAGAAGAGGAAGAAGAUGGUGAAAAAGAGAGUUUGCCAAACCCCUUGCAAGCCGCAGCAGCAUCAGCUCUUGCCUUUUCUGCGGGUGCAAUGGUUCCAUUACUUGCAGCUUCGUUCAUAAAAGAGUAUAAGGUAAGAGUAGGAGUGGUAGUGGGUGCAGUGAGCUUGGCUUUGGUGGUAUUUGGGUGGUUGGGUGCUAUGUUAGGUAAGGUACCAUUGGUUAGGUCUGUACUGAGGGUUCUGAUUGGAGGUUUGCUUGCUAUGGCUAUAACUUUUGGGUUAACCAAACUGAUUGGAUCAAGUGGGCUGUAAUAUCAGACCCCCAACUUCUUCCAAUCUUAGUUUGUGUUUGCCUGAUGGGAUAUGUAAUGCGUUCUUUUCCCUUUCUUUUGUAACUUUGUCCCCUUUCCCCACUCUUACCAAAAGCUAUAAAAGUAGUUUAUCAUGGUUUAUGACUACCAUGCUUUGUACAA